AUGGACCCCUCAUACCGUCCAAACAUGGCAACUCACGAAGCGGAUUCAAAAGCCGGUGCUGGCUUUUGUGGGAAAAUGUGGAUGUUGUGUGCUGCACUGCUGGCUCUGGGCUCUGUCCACUCUGUCAAUGGGGACUCAAAAGCUGUCACAACAACACUGACCACUAAAUGGCCCUCUACACCACUUCUGCUGGAGGCCAGUGAGUUCCUUGCUGAAGAGAGUCAAGACAAGUUCUGGGACUUCGUGGAAGCCACUCAAAAUAUUGAAAAUGAUCAUGAUGACACGGAUCAGGCUUACUACGAUCUGAUCCUGAAGAGAGCCAGUGUGCUGCUGAGCCCAGUGCAGCUAAACCUGCUGAAGUUCGCCUUAUCUCUGAGGGCCUACUCAUCCACCGUCCAUUCCUUCCAGCAGAUUGCAUCUAAUGAGCCUCCUCCACCUGGCUGUGAAGCGUUCUUUAACGUACAUGGACAGACAUCUUGUGAUGCAGAAAGACUUAAAGUCAUGCUGGAUGACGCCUUAGAACGGCCCAAGCCAUACCUGUUCAAAGGUGAUCACAAAUUCCCCUCAGCCAAUCCCGAUGCACCCGUUGUGAUUCUUUAUGCUGAGCUGGGCACCAAAGAAUUCUCCAGAUUCCAUCAGCUGAUGCUGGCCAAAGCCAACAAGGGCCUGAUCACUUACGUUUUACGUCACUUUCUGUCUAACCCCAGCAAGAGUAAAGUGCACCUGUCUGGAUAUGGAGUGGAACUGGCCAUCAAAAACCAAGAGUACAAAGCCAAAGAUGACACGCAAGUUCAAGCUGGAGCUGAUGUGAAUGCCACUGUAAUAGGUGAAAACGAUCCUGUGGAUGAAGUCCAGGGCUUUCUGUUUGGCAAACUCAAGACCAAUUAUCCUGAACUUAAGGAACAGCUGAAGGAACUCCGGAAGCAUUUGAUUGAGAGCACCAAUGAGAUGGCCCCACUUAAAGUCUGGCAGAUGCAAGAUCUCAGCUUUCAGACUGCCGCCCGUAUCCUGGCAGCUCCCUCUGUGGAUGCUCUCAAUGUCAUGAGGGAUUUGAGCCAGAACUUCCCCACCAAAGCUAGGUCCAUAACAAAAACGGUGGUUAAUUCAGAGAUCCGGAAAGAGAUUGAGGAAAAUCAAAAGUAUUUUAAAGGGACGUUAGGUCUCCAGCCAGGGGACUCGGCUCUGUUUAUAAAUGGACUCCAUAUUGACCUGGAUGUGCAGGAUAUUUUCAGUGUUUUUGACGUGUUGAGGAAUGAGGCAAGGGUCAUGGAGGGCCUGCGUAGUCUGCUCGUAGACACACCCUACAUCCACGACAUCCUCAAACUCAACAUCCAGCCCUCAGACUCUGACUACGCAGUGGACAUCCGCAGCCCUGCUGUUAACUGGAUUAACAACCUGGAGACAGAUGGCAGAUAUGCAUCCUGGCCCUCUAAUGUGCAGGAGCUGCUGCGGCCCACCUUUCCUGGAGUCAUUCGACAGAUCCGGAAAAACUUUCAUAAUCUGGUGAUGAUUCUGGAUCCGACUCUUGAGAACACGGCAGUGCUGAUCAGUGUGGCUGAGAUGUUUUACAGCAACAACAUCCCACUCAGGAUUGGAGUGGUGUUUGUGGUGAAUGAUUCUGAUGAGGUGGAUGGGAUGCAGGAUGCUGGUGUGGCUCUACUUCGAGCUUUCAACUAUAUUGCUGAUGACAUUGACAGCCAGAUGGCCUUCGAUGCCGUCAUAUCUAUGUUGAACAGAGUUCCCAGUGGAGGCAAACUGAAGGUGGAGCAUGUGGUGGGCGUGUUGGAGAAGAGAUAUCCUUAUGUAGAGAUCAGCAGCAUCCUGGGGCCUGACUCUGCCUACGACAACAACAGAAAAGAGGGAAAGGCAUAUUAUGAGCAGACUGGUGUUGGCCCACUGCCCGUGGUGUUGUAUAAUGGAAUGCCUUUACAACGUGAGCAGUUAGACCCAGAUGAACUUGAGACAGUCGUCAUGCACAAGAUUCUGGAGACCACAAGUUUUUUUCAGCGCACCGUCUACCUGGGUGAACUGAACAGUGACCAUGAUGUGGUGGAUUUUAUCAUGAAUCAGCCCAACGUGGUCCCACGAAUCAAUUCCAGAAUCCUGAGCACCAGCAGGAAUUAUCUGGACCUUGCUGCCACCAACAAUCAUUUUAUUGAUGAAUAUGCACGUUUCCUCUUUCUGGACACCAAAGACAAGAACGCAGCGGUGGCCAACAGCAUGAAUUACAUGACAAAGAAAGAUGAUGGCAUCAUCCGUCCAGUGACUUUCUGGGUAGUGGGCGACUUUGACCAGCCCUCAGGACGACAGCUGCUGUACGAUGCUAUACGUCACAUGAAAACCAGUAAUAAUGUACGAUUAGGAGUGAUCAAUAAUCCCAGUGAGAACCCGUCUAAUGAGAAGAGCCUAAUUGCUCGAGCCAUAUGGGCAGCCAUGCAAACCCAAACCGCCAACAACGCCAAAAACUUCAUCACCAAAAUGGCUAAAGAAGAGACUGCACAGGCUCUUUACAGAGCUCUGUGUCUGAGACCAGCUGUCGUGCCCACUCAGGUGUUGAAGCAGCUGGUCAACGUCAACCUGCGAGUGUUCAUGAACUGCCAGUCCAAGCUCUCUGACCUCCCACUGAAAAGUUUUUAUCGAUAUGUCUUGGAGCCGGAGAUUUCGUUUAUGGCGGAUAGCAGCUUUGCUCCUGGUCCGUUGGCUAAGUUCUUGGAUAUGCCACAGUCGCUGUUGUUUACCCUCAACCUAAACACCCCUGAGAGCUGGAUGGUCGAGUCUGUCCACACACGCUACGAUCUGGAUAACAUCUACCUUGAAGAGAUUGACAGUGUCGUGGCCGCUGAGUACGAGUUAGAAUAUUUAUUACUGGAGGGUCAUUGUUUUGACGUAACAACAGGUCAGCCACCCCGUGGGCUGCAGUUCACUCUGGGCACUGCCUCCAACCCUGUCAUAGUCGACACCAUCGUCAUGGCCAACCUGGGUUAUUUCCAGCUGAAAGCAAACCCAGGAGCUUGGAUUCUCAGACUGCGGAAAGGCAGGUCGGAUGAUAUCUACAAAAUCUACAGUCACGAUGGCACAGACUCUCCAGCCGAAGCUGAUGAUUUAAUCGUCGUCCUUAACACCUUCAAGAGCAAGAUCAUUAAAGUGAAAGUGCAGAAAAAGCCUGAUAUGAUGAAUGAGGAGCUUCUAAGUGAUGGUACCCAUGAGAACGACUCUGGAUUCUGGACAUCUCUAACCAGAGGAUUUACUGGUGGUUCAAAGCCAGAAGAACCCAAACAGGAGAAAGAAGAUGUCAUUAACAUUUUUUCUGUGGCAUCUGGCCACCUGUACGAGAGGUUCCUCAGGAUAAUGAUGCUGUCUGUGAUCAAACACACCAAGACACCCGUCAAGUUCUGGUUCCUCAAAAACUACCUGUCUCCAACUUUUAAGGAGUUUAUUCCGUAUAUGGCAGAGAAGUAUGGUUUCCAGUAUGAGUUGGUACAGUAUAAAUGGCCACGCUGGCUUCACCAGCAGACAGAAAAGCAAAGGAUCAUCUGGGGAUAUAAGAUCCUGUUCCUCGAUGUGCUGUUCCCCCUGGCUGUGGACAAGAUCCUCUUUGUAGAUGCGGAUCAGAUAGUUCGCACAGACCUGAAGGAGCUGCGGGACUUUGAUCUGGAGGGAGCGCCGUACGGUUACACGCCUUUCUGUGAGAGCAGAAGAGAGAUGGAUGGAUACCGUUUCUGGAAGUCUGGCUACUGGGCCAGUCAUUUGGCAGGACGUAAAUACCACAUCAGUGCUCUAUAUGUGGUCGAUCUGAAGAAGUUCAGGAAGAUCGCAGCUGGAGACAGACUGAGAGGGCAGUACCAGGGUCUGAGUCAGGAUCCCAACAGCCUGUCCAACCUGGACCAGGAUCUGCCCAACAACAUGAUCCACCAGGUGCCUAUAAAGUCACUUCCUCAGGAGUGGCUUUGGUGUGAGACCUGGUGUGAUGAUGCAUCUAAACAGAAAGCCAAGACUAUAGAUCUGUGCAAUAACCCACAGACAAAAGAGCCCAAGCUGCAGGCUGCUGUGCGUAUAGUAGCCGAGUGGAGCAACUAUGACCAGGAGAUAAAGGGAAUCUACAACAACUUCCUGGAGGAGAAAGAGAGAGGCACCACAGACAGCUAUCAGCAAACAGACAGAAAACACCCAGGUGGUGACACUCACUCAGAGCUUUGAGCUGAUGCUCUGCGACCGAAGAACAGGGGACUCUGUUCAAAGAGUCAUCUUUUCUUCAACCUUUUUAAACCAAGCCUAUCCUCCAGGAAUGGGUUGACAUUCGUGCUGAACUUGACUUGAACAGAAUUAAUGCAAAAUUCCCUCGUUUGUAUCUGAAUACUUGUGGACGUGUUGGGGUUCUGGGUAAACGACACGAGCAGAGGACGUCUCCUCUAUCCAGGCACAUCUGAUAUUUCCCCUUCACCCCAUACAACACUAUGGGCCUUUCAUAUGCUAUAAACAAUACCAGUUCCUCUAGAGUAAAAAAAAAAAAACUAGUGCAGUCUCGACUGGUCGAGGUAGUUUCAUAGGGAAUAACUUAAUUGAACUGCAUUUAACUUAAUUGAACUGCAUUGAAUUAAACUACAUGUGCGCAAUUUUAAUAUUAAAGCAGAUUUGAUAAAUGUCCCUCUUAGCUGUAACUCACUCUCAUGAAAAUGAUUAUUAAAUCAUGAAACAUGAGAUGCAGACCACCCAUGGUGUUGAAAUGCCACGGCAACAAAGUGAUGUUAUAAUAGUUAGACUUUAAAGCACAGAUCAUUUCCUGUGACACAUCACCGUUCAGUUAGAGGCUCCAUUUCAAAAUUCAGAUUCAUCUUUUGGUAAACAAGCCAGCACUAGUCUGUUUUUGUGAUUCUGAAAGUGGUGUUUCCAUGCGCGGUUUAAUACAAAAAUUUUGAAAUUGCAUCGCUCUACAAAGUGACGCAUCAAAAGACCUUUUAACUCAGGAACAAGCUAUUCGGUCGAUUUAGUCACAGCUAAAGAAUUUAUUUUUUUCCGUUCCG